GCUAGCAUCGAAGUGAAGGAUCCUCAUGGCAGGACUCCAUUAAUGCUAAGUGUUACGCUUGGUCAUUUGGAAUCCUCCAGGGUGCUUGUCAGGCACAAUGCAAAUGUUUGCUGCGAGUCUAAAAAUUACUGGUCGGUGACUCAGGAAGCUAUUAGUUCGGGUGAUCCAGAGCUAGUUAAAUUACUAUUGACUCACAGAGAUGUUCAGUUAGUUCAAAAUCAGGCAACUUUAGUGAAUGAUCUACUAAAAAAGUUGUGUGAAACACCUGAUUUCUAUAUUGAAAUGAAAUGGGAGUUUACAAGUUGGCUACCCUUAGUCUCUCGCAUGUGUCCUAACGAUAUUUGUCGUGUAUGGAAGCGUGGAGCGAAUGUUCGAAUCGAUUCUAACCUUAUCGGUUUUAAUGGCACUGCAUCUUGGGUACGAGGACAUCUCAGCUACAUAUUUCGCGUUGGCGACUCUGGUGCUGUAAUGGACGAAAUUAACCACACAGAUCGUACGAUUUAUCGCCAUACUAUAAACCUUUUUGGUUCUGAGGCUUCCGAUGGAGGCGCCGGAGUUGUGACUAAUGCCGGGGCUUUCACAGCGGCAACAACAACAGGAGCGUCAGUCGGGACCGAACAUUUAACUGGUGGGGCUACGGCUACUGCUGCUGCCGGUCUCUUCGUGCGAGAACCAUCAGAAGAUUUGAUUGCUAGAAAAUUGACCCAGCCAAUCUUUGUUACUUAUCUGGAUACAGAUAAAAUCGAGUUCGAAAAGUUAGCUUAUUCUGUAUUUAAGCAUAUUUCUUUUAUGAAUCAUCUAGUUCUCUAUACUUUUUUCAUCAUUUAA